CUGGUGGUCACUGAGCCAGGAGAGUGGCAGAAUGGUGGACAGUGUGUACCGGACCCGCUCCCUGGGGGUGGCGGCUGAAGGGCUCCCGGACCAGUACGCGGACGGAGAGGCGGCGCGCGUGUGGCAGCUGUACAUCGGGGACACCCGCAGCCGCACGGCUGAGUACAAGUCCUGGCUGCUCGGCCUGCUGCACAAACACGGCUGCCAGCGGGUGCUCGACGUGGCCUGCGGCACCGGGGUGGACUCCAUCAUGCUGGUGGAAGAGGGCUUCAGCGUGACAAGCGUGGAUGCCAGUGACAAGAUGCUGAAGUAUGCUCUGAAAGAGCGCUGGAACCGGCGGCACGAGCCCGCCUUCGACAAGUGGGUCAUUGAGGAAGCCAACUGGAUGACUCUGGACAAAGAUGUGCCCCAGCCACCAGGGGGUGGCUUCGAUGCCGUCAUCUGCCUUGGAAACAGUUUUGCCCACUUGCCAGACUGCAAAGGGGACCAGAGUGAGCACCAGCUGGCCCUGAAGAACAUUGCAAACAUGGUGCGGUCAGGGGGCCUGCUGGUCAUCGAUCAUCGCAACUACGACCACAUCCUCAGCACAGGCUGUGCGCCCCCAGGAAAGAAUAUCUACUAUAAGAGUGACCUGACCAAGGACAUCACGACAUCCGUGCUGACAGUGAACAACAAGGCCCACAUGGUGACGCUGGACUACACGGUGCAGGUGCCCGGGGCUGGCCAGGACGGUUCUCCCGGCUUGAGUAAGUUCCGGCUCUCCUACUACCCGCACUGUCUGGCAUCCUUCACGGACUUGCUCAGAGCAGCCUUCGGGGGCAAGUGCCAGCACAGCAUCCUGGGUGACUUCAAGCCUUACAAGCCGGGUCAGUCCUCCAUUCCCUGCUAUUUCAUCCACGUGCUCCAGAGGACAGGCUGAGCCUGCCCUCAGCUCCCAUGACCUCUGCCCAGGAGCUGCCAGGGAGCCCCACAGCCAGCCGAGCCCCCAACGCACAUCCUGGGGGAAACGGGUCCACUACAGUUGGGGUGCAGGGACUUGGG